CGGGACUCGCUCUAGUCGGGCGGGCGGCUUCCUCCGACAGUCUCCAGCGCCCGCCGCAGGCCAGAGCAAGGGGAGCGGGCACUGUGCCCCGGGUCUGCGGGCUGAGUGCGCCGGCAGGGGUCGAGCGCGCGUCGUCUCCCCGCCCCCACCGCACGCUGUGGCGCAGCAGGAAUUUGGCGUGGAGCUGGGCGCUAUUUGCGGUUCUUGACGCUCUGCAGGAGGCUGCUGGUGGCCCUUCGGUCAUUUCUAUUCUAGGGGCACUGGGUCAUAGCUCUUGGCCGGCAGCGGCCGGCCCCCUCCCCCAAGCCCGUAGGGUGUGUCCCCCACACGGGGGCUCGCCGCGCCUAUAAGGGGGUUGAGCGGCGGGCAGGGACAUGCAGCUCUACAGCAGCGUCUGCACCCACUACCCAGCCGGGGGACCGGGUCCCACGGCCGCAGCACCCGCUGCACCCGCCGCCGCCGCACCCUUCAAGGUCUCCCUGCAGCCUUCAGGAUCCGCCAGCAGCGCGCCUGAACCCGAUACCGGUGAGUGCCAGCCCGCCGCGGCCGCUGAGCCCACGGAAGCUUCCUCCGCCGCCAAGAUGCCCGCCUUCUCCUCCUGCUUCGAGAUGGUGUCCGGGGCCGCCGCCCCCGCUUCGGCCGUCGUCGCCAGCCCGGCCAUCGGGUCCUGCAAGCCGCCACUGCCGCCGCACUACACGUCUACGGCGCAGAUCACCGUGCGGGCCCUCGGCGCCGACAGGCUGCUUCUGCACGGGCCCGAGCCCGGCGCCACGGCGCCCACCGCCGCGCAGCGCGGCCGCUGCCUUCUACUGGCCCCGACGCCCGGCGCCCCGGUCCCGCCGCGGCGGGGUUCUUCCGCCUGGCUGCUGGGGGAGCUCCUGAGGCCCGACGGCCCCGAGCCUGCAGGCCUGGAGGCGGCCCGGCACGGGCCGGAGAGAAACUUCCGACUGAGCGAGCACCGCCAGGCCCUGGCCGCCGCCAAGCACCGAGGCCCCGGGCCGCCCCCGGGGAGCUCGGAGCCUAGCCCCGGCUCGUGGAGCGAGGACCACUCGGCAGAGAGGAGCCCCCGGGGCUGGGAGAGGGGUGGCGACCCUGCAGGCGCAGACGAGGCGCGGCGGCUCGAUCUGGAGGCCGAGGCGCCCCCCACGAGGAGUGGCGAGGCCGCCUCGAGAAGCGCGGCGGAGUCGGGGAUCGUCUCCAGGUCGGAUCCCAGAGACGAGAAACUGGCCCUGUACCUGGCGGAGGUGGAGAAGCAGGACAAGUACCUGAGACAGAGGAAUAAGUACCGAUUUCACAUCAUUCCCGACGGCAAUUGCCUCUACCGAGCGGUCAGCAAGACGGUGUACGGAAACCAGAGCCUCCACCGAGAGCUGAGGGAACAGACGGUGCACUACAUCGCUGAUCAUCUCGACCACUUUAGCCCCCUGAUCGAGGGGGACGUGGGGGAGUUUAUCAUCGCUGCUGCUCAAGAUGGGGCAUGGGCCGGGUACCCUGAAUUGCUGGCGAUGGGGCAGAUGCUGAAUGUGAAUAUACAUUUAACUACAGGAGGGAGAUUGGAGAGUCCCACCGUGUCUACCAUGAUCCACUAUUUGGGCCCUGAGGAUUCCCUUAGGCCUAGUAUUUGGCUCAGUUGGCUCAGUAAUGGACACUAUGAUGCGGUAUUUGAUCACUCAUACCCUAACCCGGAGUAUGACAGUUGGUGCAAACAAACUCAAGUGCAAAGAAAACGCGAUGAAGAGCUUGCCAAAUCCAUGGCAAUAUCCCUAUCCAAAAUGUAUAUUGAACAAAAUGCAUGCUCUUGAAAUGUUUGGAGACCAACACCCUGGGGAAAAUUACAUAAAUAACUUCUGAUUGGAGAAUUACACGAACUGAAAUCAGGGUUGUCAGUGGGUGGCGCAAGUGGCUUGUAAUAGACUGCUAACCUAAAAGUUGGUGGUUCAAACCGACCCACCGGCACCGUGGAAGAAAGGCCUACUGAUCAGCUUUCAAAAAAAUCACAGCCAAGAAGACCCUAUGGAGCAGUUCCCGUAACACAUGGGGUUGCCAUGAGUCUCAAUAGACUCGAUGUCAACAGGGCAACAGGUUUCAUAUUUUUUUGUUUUAUUACAGUGUCAGUCACUAUUCUCAAAGAGGCACUGAGAAACUAGAUGGCAUUUAAUUCAGUUUCAUUCCCCAAAUCUACUAAGUUCAACAGCCAUGGACUAUGUCAUGUUGCCUAUUGAAUACCUGGGUUCCAGUGCAGUACCUAGCAGAGUAGGUGCUCAGUAAAUAUAUUUAUUGAAUGGAGAAAUGAAUUGGAGGGAAAUGUGAGUUUUAGGAAAUAUUUGGUUGGUGGAUAUGAAAUUAACAAUGAUUUGACUCAAAGUACUGGGAGUUAUCACUGAUAAAGUAAUUCUGAGCAUUUUAAAGAGAAAUAGGGUUAUAAGAAGAUGUUAAAAGUAUUGAAUUCUAUAGUGGACAAAAUAGUUUUUGAAACCAAAAAUGAGGAUUUAUUGAUUUUAUCUUUGUGUCAUCUUUCAAACCUUGAGAAACUGAACAAAGAGAAAUUACUUCAAAAUAGAACUUCCAUUCAUCUGAAGUGAUUUAGAAGGUGUUGCCUUGUCCACCAGAGGUGUUGCUCUGGCUUAUGUUUAGGAGUUACACCUCUCCCAAGUCCAGUCUAUAGCAAUUCCUAGUUUAGCUAUAUUUUCUUUCUGUAGUCAUUUGAAAAGGAAAUGUUGGGCAGAUUUCAAGCAUACUUCGGACUGCUGUGUCUAGUAGCUACUGACUGCAUGCUUAUUCGAUCAGUCAGUGGAGCCUGGGCAAGUAGCAUGAAUCGGAUCAAAACAGACCCACUGGGGGAAAAAAAAUCAGUGUAUUUCCUGCUACUGUAAAUUGGGUCGUGACAAUUAUCCUACGAGUAAAGCUCAGAGAGUUCAUUCCCAUCAGAUUACUUGUAGUAAAACCUUAUCUAGGCUUGUUUCAGACAAUGAAUUUUCUAAUAAUUGAACAGACCAUUUAUGUGUAAAAUAUAAAAACAAUAAGUUCUUUUGAUAGAAUUGUUUAUGGUACACGUAUGUGUUAGCCUUUGUAAACUAACUGAAUGUAAUUUAAUCUUCCCGUAAUGACUUAAAACUCUCAUGAAGGAGUGGGAGGAGUCCCUGGGUGGUAUAAAUGGUUACUUCGCUUGGCUGCUAACCAAAAGGUUGGAGAUUCAAGUCUACCCAGAGGCACCUUGGAAGAAAGGCCUGGCAGAUUGAUUCCACAACUGGUUUGGCUUUUUCGAUGGAGUGUGAACGAUUCGGGAGCGUGGGGAGAUCUUUGAGGUGUGGCAAUCUGUUGGUACUUUAAAGGUUCUCAGAGCACUGGGGCUUUUGUAGGUGAUGUAUACAUUCCCUUACAUUCUGAUUGCUCUUUUUCACCAUUGUCACCUUCCAGCCCUAAUACUCCAUUAUGAUUUCCUAUGUUCAAUUAGAGAAACCAACAAAUAUGUUUGUUAGAAUUGACUCUAAAAUGAGUUUCUAAUUUCGAACUGGGGUGCUCUGCUAUGAGUAAUAUACUUAAGCUUUAGUUUUUGAUCACACAGAAAGCUUUUUUGCUUUCUUCUUUGUGUUCUUUUUUUGCAUUCUUUGGUGGUGUCCUGGAAAUACUGAAUUUGUCAGAUUAAGGCUCUGCUGAAUGUGUGUAGUGGCAUAUUAGAAAAAACAAAAAACGAAACUUUUGAGGUUAGCUAUCCUAAUCUUCAAAAUUGGGGCUGAUUUGUCAUUGCUUGGUUGAUAUUUUCCUUCCUCUCUACAUAUGUAACCCAUUUUGGUAUCUACCUACCAUUGUAUUCCUUUUGUUUCUGCAUUUUUAUAUUUAGUUUUCUGGUCCACAAAGCUGUGCUAAUUAUGAGGUAAGUAAAUUUCAGGUCUUCAGUGAAGAUCCAAAUCACAGUGUACAUGAACAGGUUGAGUACAGAUACAACAGCUUUAAUUUGAAGUUCCUCUCCCUAAUACUUGUUUAAUAUAUGUAUAUUAUGCUUACAAUGGUAAAUAAGCCAAUCUUCCUCAUCAUGGCCUUCCAUUUCCAUGAGGGCAAAAUAUUUUUUCUCAUAUUGUGUAGAAUGGGUGGAUAGAUUGAGUGGGCACCCUGCAUUAAUGUACUGACAAGUAGAACUUAAACAAUUUUAAAAAACGAAAAGAUGAAUUAAUUCCAAUAGGCAAUGUGUGCUUUAUAUUUUAAGGGAGUGGAGGUAAGGGGGGAAAAACAGCCCACAGCAUUUUAUAGUCUGUUGUACUGGAAUGAUUUUAGCAAGUGAUGAUUAGAUUGGCAAUGUAUAGAGAUAGUCCCAAUGAUGUAAUGCUUGCGGUAACGAUUGUGUCUAAACAAAUAUUUCACUUAGAUUAGAAGUUCCCUGAAUAAUUUUAGGGAUAGGCAGUGUGGUUGCAUUUCUUAGCUUAUCAUGGUAUAGAAAGGUGGUAUGCAGAACAGUUAACUGUGAAGGGGAUGUAUACCAAUGUGCCAUGUAACACCUGUGGAGCCAGUUUGUAAAACAAAUAAGGUUUUCAGUUCUAAUGACAAACAAGAAACAUUCACACUAUUUGUUUCUUACAGUGCAAUAUUAGGUAUACUGGUGAUGUAACAGCAAUGAAAAAAGAAGGAAAUGGCACAAGGUCAGUAGAAGAAUACAGUCAGGAAAUCCUUAGUUACCUGUCACUUCGCUGCCUUUGCCAUUUGCUGAAAAGUGCCAGACCUAAAGGGGGUAAACAGUGUAGGUUUUUACUUUAAAUCUAUAAACAGCAGAUGCUUGAAACAGAAAUCUCAGUAAUUCUAGGCCACAAAAGACAGAGAUUUAAGAUGUAUGUUGAACUUUUUGAUAUAAAUUAGUUCUCUGACAGCUUCCUCAUUACCUUUUCUUUUUAUUGAUAGUGGCUGUUGGCAGAAACCAGCACUACUCAGAAUUGCAGCAAUUUGCAAAGAGGUGGUUAUACUAAUUUAGAAGGCAACUUGACCCUUUGAGAAUAGACAGUGCAGUUGUAUUAGUUAGGUCAAGCUGUUGUAACAGAAAGUUUAUUUCUCUAUCGUUUAACUGUUCCAAAGGAAGUGGUCCAGGUAGGCAGGGCAGCUCUGCUCCAUACAGUCAUUCCCUGGGGCACUUGCAUUGUCAGCGUGAUCUAAGCCACAGGACUACCUCCCUGUCUGGAUUUUAGCUGGUGACAAGGGGAAAGAGCAUGUGGAGAAGGGGCAGCCUGAGGUGGGGCAGUUCAUUUCUGCUCUCCUUCAUUGGCGAGAACUUAGUCACAUGGCCACAUCUGACCAGGAAGUACCAUUCAGACUGUUCCCAGGAAGAAGAGGAAAUAGAUUUUGGUACUACAAUAGCAGUCUUUUCCAAAUCUUUAUUUAUUAACAAUAGUAUAGGUUUUAAAUAUCUUCAAGAAGAAAAUUAUAUAUAAUGACAUAUCCUGGGAAUAAGUUAAUACACAUUAACUUGUUUCACAUUACAAAAAUAUAAAAGAAUUAAUUGUUGCCACAAUAUAGGGUUCCUUAUCAGCUCCUCAAGGCAUUUGGCACAGAUUAAAUAAAUACAUAUGCAGAGCCUUCCAUAUUUUGAGAAGGCUGCUAUUUUUCUCUUUCCUUUCCAUUCUUAAUUGUUCUUUAGUAUAUUAGAAAUAUCCUGGAAAUGUGACCUUGAAUGCAAGCCCUAGUUGUCUUCAGAAAGAACAAUAUCUAAAACUUUUUUCCUUUUUAGGAUUUUACAGAUCUCACUUCUUUAGAACACUGCUGAUUUUACUUCUUUCUCUAUUUCUUCUUUUACAUUGUCGUGCUUAGUUUUCUUCAGAAUAGCUUGAUGUGAUUUGCUCUGCUUAAAAUUAGGUGGGUCUUUACUUUUUUUUCUCAUUAAAAAGAGAAGAUGAAGGUAAAGGCAGAAAAUGAGAAGGGAAGAGAAAAUGACUAAAUCCCACUCCACCUCCUAAAAAGGAAAAGAAAUCAUUAAUGGUCACUUACUGAGCUAGAGGCUCUGUAUAAAGGUCAUACUUAGAUUUUAAGGAUGAGGCUUAUGCUCUGAAAUUAAAGUUAAUGAGAGUCAUAAAUGGGUCAGAGCAGCCAACUGUAAAGGUAACCCACUAAAGAGAUUGUUACUAAAGUUGCUGUUGAGGAGAACGGGUCCUCCCAGUCUAGUCAGGGCAGCUGUGCUACACAGCAUCUCCUUGUUGUUGUUAGUUGCCGUCAUGUUGGCUCCAACUCAGGGUGACCCAUGUACAGCAGAAUGGAAUGUUGCCCAGUCCUGUGCCGUCUUCAUGACUGUUGCUUGAGUGUAUUAUUGUUGAGGUCACUGUGUAUUUUGAGUGCCUUCCAGUCUAGGGGGCUCAUCUUCCAGCACUAUGUCGGACAAUAUUCUGUUGUGAUCCGUAGGGUAUUCAUUG